AUGUCCGCAAAAAUCUUGCUGGAUAGUCGGCACACUCACUACACAAAUCUAGACUUUCUCUCCGGCACAGUGGUCCUCAAUCUCCCGACAGAAACUGCAAUUGGAGGUAUUCAAGUCAAACUAGAGGGCGUCAGCAAAACCCGGCUUUCCGGUCCCCGAUACCCACAGAAUGUGAACUCGGAGAAGAAGCGAACCGAGUUGGAGGUGCACAAGAUUUUAUACAAAGUCGCGACCGUCUUUCCAUCUCUCGCCGUCCUGGAAAUGCAAUCGGGCACGUCGCCAACCUCCUAUACUUUUGCCGCCGGAUCCUACGAAUACCCUUUCCACUUUAAAUUACCAUUCAACAAUGCCUGCAAUACCCACAACAGCAUGCGGACCAACCUCGUCACAAACGGAUUGAGGGUCGAGAUGGCUCGCGAUACCAAUCGCCAUGUGAAGAAAACUCUCCCUCCCUCUUUACACGGCUUCCCCGGCAUGGCGGAGAUUGAAUAUUUCGUGAAGGUCACCGUCAUCCGGCCGCAAUUUUACAAAGAGAACAUUCGAGCGAUUGUUCCUUUGAAUUUCCUGCCCAUUGAGCCCCCAAGGACCGGGAACCCAAGCGAGGAAACGUACGCUCGACGCCAGCACCAGUUCCCAAAUGUUCAGAAUAAUGGACAACGUAAGAAGAAUAUCUUCUCGCGUGGUACUAACCCAUUCCGUGACACUGAUUCUGAACCCCCGCGGGUAUCGGCGGACGCUCGACUUCCAAGUCCCUCGAUUCUCACCUGCAAUGAGCCCGUACCUCUACGGCUUGUACUGAAGAGGCUGACAGAUUCGCAGGAAACCAUAUUCCUGCAAAUGCUUCAGAUCGAACUUCUUUCAUACACAAAAAUUCUGGCACAUGAUCUCAACCGGACCGAAAGCAGUUCCUGGGUUCUUCUGAGCCGUAGCAACAUGGGCAUGGCAUUAGGACGACCUGGCGAUCCCACUGGUACCCACUGGUACAUCGACCCGGCUUUGUGGAAUAAAAUUCCCCUUCCGAGCUCAGUCGCGCCAUCAUUUGAAACAUGCAACAUUGAGAGGUCAUACGAGCUUGAAGUGCGCAUUGGGCUGACCCACGGUACACCUGGAAAUAUGAAGCCCCAAAUCAUCAUUCUUCCCCUAAGAAUGCCAGUCAAGGUCUACUCUGGAAUCGCACCCCCACAGGCCCUUCUCGAUGCUAUGGCAGCAGCUGCAUUAAAGCCUUCUCCUUCGAAGCCAACAGCUCAGCCUCCCUGGGCUCCGACCAGUGAUGAUAAUCGGCCCCCGAUGCCUCCAAGGCCUAGUGGAACAGUUCCAGAGUAUUCAAAUGGUGGAUACGACGAGGCGCCACCAAGCUAUGAGGACGCUAUGGCAGAAAACUUGAGCCCAGUAGAUGGACCACGCCGCGAGUAUCACCCACCAGAUGCCUCUUCUUCCCGGAGUACUCUGGAAUCUGGAGCUGAUUCCAAAUCCUCAGCCGAAGCGGUAUGGCUCCGUGAAGCUGGCCCUGUAGGUGAAGGCUCCAUGGCUUCCCCAAGUCGUGAGGGUCGGUCUUCCUCCGAGUCUUUCGAUAUGCUGCCUGCGACCCCACCCGAGUCCAAUUCCGGAUCUCCACCGGCGUCCCCUGUCAGACGCUCUCAAAGUAUGAUGAAGGUCCCGCGGGACCCAGCUGCCGAAGAAAGCCCACCGGUCUAUCAGCCUGUCGCGGAGAGCCAUCUACACGCGUCAAAUACCGUACAACGUCAGCCCUCGCGGAACAACCUACGCCCUAUGAAUCUCGGUGUUCCUACCCGCAAACCAGUUCCGCAAAGCCCCAACAGACAAACCUGA